UAGAAGAAACACUUAGAUAGCAUUCAUUUUAGAAGCAAGAGGAAGAACAGCCUCAAACAGCCAAAAUCAGUGUAAAAACACAAUCUUUAAUGCUUUGAGGCAGUACUGGACCAAAACCCAAAUCCAAAAUGUCGAAUCGCGACCUUACUGAUUCCGAACACGACGAGGAAACUCCUAAUUCUUCAACUACCGACUCAAAGAGGAAGCUCAGAAGUUCCAUGAAUUGCAGAAGCGUCAAGGAUGUGCCGGAGUAUGAGAAACAGAGGAUUUCUAGGAUCACCGAGAACAAGAAGAGAAUGGAGGCCCUUGGAUUGGCCAAAUUGGCGACCUCAUUUUUGGAUUCCUCCAAAAAUUUGAGGAAGACUGAUAGAAAGGGGAAGCGGAAACUGGGGGAAGCUGCCGAUGAAGAUUAUGAGCCUGGCCAGGAUUCUUCAAGUUCUGAAGAUGAGGAUGACUCGGAGGAAGAGGAUGAAGAGUUUGGAAGUGGGAAAGUUUCUGGGUCUCGUGGAACGAAGGGAAAGAAUAGAGGAUCAGAAACAAAAAGGAAAGUUUCUGUCAAGAAAUCAAACAACUUUGACCAUCAAGAUGAUGAUGAUGCAUUACAACAGGCAAUCAAACUUUCACUUCAAGAUUCUGGCGAAAAUUUAGAUGCACAGGUUCAAGGUCCUUUUGAAAAUGUUAGAAGGAAAAAGAUGAAGAAUCAGGAAGCGAGAGGAAAUAUGAAGAGAAAAGGAUUGUUCACUAGUCGGAUGCAUAUGAAUGAGGAUGAACUUAUCAUGAACUUCUACUGUUUUGAUGAGUCGUGGAAAGGGGGCAUUACUGUUAGUGACUUGAAAAGAGUGGCAGCUGCUCAUGAUUUUACUUGGUCUGAGAUAGAAUUAAGGGAUAUGAUUGAUUGCUUUGACAAUGAUGGAGAUGGGAGGUUAACUCUGGAUGAUUUUCGGAGAAUUGCUGGUCGAUGUAACAUGAUAAAAGAGUCCAUCACAUGAUGGAACCGGAGAAUGAUAGACUGGUGCACCAAUGUGUGAAGAUAGCAAAUUCAGGUACGCUCUUUAUCCAGCUAUUGAGAAGCAAAUUAUGAGGAUUGUUGCAAAGAGCAUCAAAACUCUCUUGUAGGAAGAAAAAACCCUAACGAUCGUCAUAAGAUGAGGGAGAAUAAUGGCUCUGGUCAACAACAAUAUCUGAUCAUGAUUUUGUUGAAUUCCAAAAUAUGAUAGAAAGCAUUUGAACUUGUCAUCAUAAUGUAAAACUCUGACCCAUGUGUUUCAAGCUUGGGGAUCUGUCUUCUAAUUUUGAAACUCAAGGAAAAUAUGCAUGAUUGCAUUUGGUUCUUGUCAA